AUGUCCGCAUACAAGGGAACGCUGGCACUGGCCUCACGCCGGAUGGACAACCCGAAGUUAGACGAAGUGCUCGACCGGUCUAUCCCAAUCCGCGUGUGGAUCCUGGGUUCGCACAGCAGCUUGCUGGUGAUCGCCUCUCGGAACGGCAGCAUCGAGCUACAGAAUACUACCUCGAUGAACGCUCGCCCAUGUCAAAUGAACCCAAUGAACGUACCUGGCUCCAUCAAGCACAAGAAGACGGAACGUAUUCAGCGAGAGAUGACAGCACAUAUGUUCCGACUGGCACUUCAACUGUUCGACGACCUGUUGAUCUACAGCCGUGCUCAAUGCCACUUCGCUACGCGGGACCCUUUCCCACCCAUAACAAGGAAGAAGCGUGACAUACAGCGACAACGAAAGCUGGAUCUCGUAUUGUCUCUGUUCAGCGAGGAGGCAUCGACAUACACGCAGAAUCCAAAUGCACAGCCCUUGACUGACGGGAUUGUUACCUUGCUCGGAGGCGCGGAUGGCUUCAUCUACGGGCUUGUAGCAAAGGUGGCUGAAGAACUGGUCCCGAAGGCCUAUGGUCUUCAUCUAAGCCCACGGACGGAUGUAGAGCGCAGCAACAACUGCGUGCUUGCGAAAAGGCUGUCCGACAACAAUUGCUUUCAUUUCGUGGAAUUCGAUGCAACAAGGAACGUAUGGUCCAAGAUGUACCAACACACCGUAAUUUUGGCGAUCAUCAAGGCUGCAUUCUUCAGCGACAGAGAAGGACUUGGCUGUCGCUUCCAGACCUACUUCAAGCCGAUAUCACAAGAGCUGAUAUUGUUGAUCAAGUAUGAGCUUUCGCUCUGGCUAGCCGUGGGUGAUCGUCUCCGCAAGCCGAAAGCCUUCAAUAAGAGCUGGUCCACGGAAUAUCAGAUCGUUCGAGCCGACCUCAGCCAGCUCGACAACAACCCUGACUGGCGUCAGCUACGGUUCAUUAUGUUUGACGAUCUCCUUGCCGCGUCGGGCUUCCAUGCUCCGCCUGUCGACCCUGUGCACUUCAUUCAGCCGCUCUCGCAACAGGACAUGGCACACGAACAAGCUUCAAUCAAGGCAAUCCUUCAGGGCCGCGUACAACCUCAAUCCUCUGAGCCCCAACAGGCUGACUGUGAGAGACGGUGGUUUCGUCUACUCGCAAAGGUAGGGAACGGGCUGCUUAGCGGCUCGAACGUUGGUGGUCGCUUCGCGACCUGGUCGUAA